AUGGACAUGUCUACUGUCAAUCAGCUGUCAUCGUCACCUACAAGAUUUCCCGAUUGCUGCUUGGCCAUUUCCAGCACCUUCAUCAACUCUAUUGUUGCACUGCUCCCCAAGAAGCCCGCCUUUACGCUCUCGAUCGGCAGUGGGUCUGGACUGCUCGAGUAUCUACUUGCUCGUAGCAAUGAAAAUGUAUCUGUACAGGGCGUGGAGGUGAGCUCGACUGUCAACCGGUAUAUCCCCGAAGAAGAUAUGCACGUGGUCAGCGGCGCAUGGGGUCUAUAUCCCUUUGCCCAGCAGGCUGCAGCAUGGAUGUUUGUGUACCCACGCGAUCCGAAGCUGAUCACAAGGUAUCUUGCCACAUAUGGUGAUAACGCUGUAGAAUUGAUCCUCUGGCUUGGACCGCGGGUCGAUUGGCCUGACUAUGAGCCUUGUUUUCGCCAAUCUACAUUCUCGAAGCUGGAAUUUCCAGAUAUCGGACUAACGCCGUAUGAAAUCGCGGUAGUUGCCAGAAGAUCAUGA